UCCGCCCGUCAUAGACGCGUGUGUGAAUUGCCGUGACAUUUUUCGCCGAAAGCACGGAGGUCAGUGGACAUCCUAGAUCACAGCUCCGAGCUUCCAAGAUGACAACUUCUCCCGUCUGCUUCUCUCUGCCCACUCUAAUUUACCAGGCGAUUUUCCUGUUGGUUCUGUCCAACAGUCGUGGCAGUGUGGCAUCUUUACCAGAGCAGCAUGCGGCGAUGCACAGUACACCUGAUGUUGUUCCCCAAGGAGAUGGUGUGCAAGGCGCUGAUCUUCCAGGUCAUUUGAAACCUCUAGGGUCACAUAGGCCUCCAGAGGAUCCAGGAAUAGAUGUUCUUCACAGAGUGCCGGAUCCUUUGGACUUCUUCAAUCGGUACGUCAAGGAUGGGAGUCCAGUUAUCUUCAAAGGAGCUGCACAGAACAUGGAUUCCUACAAGCUAUGGACGGACGAAUACCUGAGCAAAAGCUACGGUCAUCUGAAGGUAGAGGUGGAAGAGGGGAAGAAGGAGAAUAGGUCCAAGGAUCUCUGGCAUAUGUCCCUGUCAAAUUUCAUUCAGAAAUACCAGAAGGAAGAUGUCUAUUUGGUCACCGAUGUGCCUCCGGAGAUGUCGGAUGAGUUUUGCCUGUUAAGAUGCCUUCUCUGUGGCGGCUUUCCCACGUCACUUGUGGAUACCAUACUGUGGUACAGCAGCGGAGGAACAAAGUCUGUUCUUCACUUUGAUGGGGUCGACAACAUCAACUGCAUCAUGGACGGGAGCAAGGAAGUCUUCUUAGUUGACAAGAGAGAGCAAGCCAACAUUAACAUUGAUCAUCCCGAACAAUCAUUCAGUGGCGUUGACGUGGACAAAGUGGACCUCACCAAGUACCCUGGUCUUGGGCAGGUUCCCUGGUAUAACGUCACCAUGGAGAGAGGUGAUUGCCUCUUCAUACCGUACAGAUGGUUUCAUGCUGUCAGGUCAUGGGGUCGAAAUCUAGCCGUGAACGUCUGGUUCAUCCAUCGACUCUGGUUUAAUGAAACCGAUUGCUCAGAUGAACUCAUGGCCUUACCAGAAUACGUACCCCUGAGCAGCUUCAAAACGAGAGCCAGUCACCUAGAAAUUUUGAGAUCUGAAAUAGCCAAUGGGAUUGAGGUAUACGGUGGGUUAAUAACAGUGGAGGAGAUGUAUGAUCUAAUCCAGCGGUCAACAAAGCAGCAAAUUACACAGCUCUUUCAGUCCUUAGAUCAGAACGGAGAUAAGAAACUGUCUAUGAAAGAGGCUUACUCAGAGUCUUUCGCGGAAGCAUGCAAGUCAGCAGAUAUAAGUUUUGACAAGGAGAAGGAUGAUGAAGAAGAAGUUGAAGAAGGAGAUGAAGAGGAAGAGGAGGACGACAUUGGUGGUGAAGUUGAGAACGAUGAGGCACAUAGAUCUACCGGCAGAGAAGAGGAGCAUGAGGAGUUAUGACAUCCAUCUCACCAAUUGUUUUGUAUUUUGAUUGAAAGCAAUCGUGUAAAAACGCUUUUUGACUCAAAUCAAGUUUGUCAUUAAAAUAAAGUCAGCAUCGGAUACUAAUUAUUUGAUAGGCAAUACCCAUUUUGAUAAAUGUCAGAGCAUUAUCAACUCAUUGUGAUUUAUUAUGUAUUAUAAUCCACAAUGCUUGCUAGGAAUAUCCAUAUUUUUAUAUUUUAGAGUAUUUCUUAUCAUUUACUUAAUUUUUAAUUUGUUUGUAUUUCACAAUGAAGUGGAAAAAACAACGUAAAAAAUGUUUACAUACUAAUGUAACUGUUACUGAGUGUUCAAUCCACUGAUAUUCAAGUUUCAAUGGUUUUUUUUAAUAUUAUUCUCUCCUUAUAAGUGUAUCGCCUUUCAUCCAUUGGAUUUCUAAAAGUAUUCCUACUUUAUUUUUAGUAUUUUAAAAAAAAAUUGUAAUAUUUAUUUUGAUUAACAACAUAAAGAGGCUUGUUCAUGAAAUAUAUAUGUGCGUACAUGUAUUAAGCAUAGUCCAUACAUUAUAGCUCCAAAUAUAUUUAUGUUUAUGCCUGUAUACUCCGUCAGGUAUAAUCAAUGUUUUGUAUGCAUUUUUAAGGGACCAAAAUGUGAAUCAAAUUCAUUUUCAGAUUAAUGAAGAUAUGCAAAUAUUCAUUUCAUUCCAUGUAAAAGCUCUUUCUAUGUGAUAUCGAGAUUAUUCAUCUGACUUUGUGCGUGUUGAAAUACCUUGAUUGUGUGUUUAAUAAAGAGACUGAUAUUUUUAAUACGUUCUGUUAUGGCAUGGAAGAUAUCUAAUGUGUUUCUGCCACAGAAUUGUGAGGAAAAUUUUUCAACACAUUGUACUUUUCAAAAGAGCUGCAAGCUUAUCCGAAUGCUGUAUAUAUUUUGGUGAUAGAUUAUUUGGUAUAUUGAGUAAAUAAUGAGAAUGCAUGUAUGUCUUGGGAAGCAUAAUUCUUUCUAAUUAAAAGUACAGGGUGGCAUUAUUUGUAUAUUUUUAUACAUUAUGAUUUUGUAAGGUCUUUGUGUAUAUAUAUAUUGCUUCUUUUUUUUUUUUGGUGUAAAAUUCUACAUCAUCUAUACAUGGCCUUGAUAUCAGAUGUACUGAGUUUGGCAAUACAAUUUGUGGUACCAAGUA